UUCACCUGUAGCUCUGGCUGUGGGCUGGAAAAAACCGCCAUACAAGUAACAGUCCAAAAACGAACGCGCUACGAAAAAGUACAAUAAACGCGAUUUUUUUUUCUUCUUAUUUUUAAUUAAAUUUCAGUCAUUGUUGUUGUUGGGUGGCGUAUGUUGCGUAGAACAGAAUAGUACAGGAAACGGGCGGGUAAAAAAAGGCGGUGCGAUAAAUAUUGUCAAUACAAAUAUAGAGUAAUGAAUCGCGCGUAAUCGAAACGAACGAAUAAAAUUGCCAAAUUUAUAUAAUUUUUAGUUUUGUUAAAUAUUUUAUCUUUUUUUAGUGCCAACGAUUAGGGAAAGCACGGUUGUGAUUAGUGUGAUUAUUGGGCGAAAUAACGAAGAAAUUGAAAGUGAAUAUUAAUCGAAGGGUCGUACUUUUACUUUUCGGUUGACGUUAGUUUGAAUUUUACGCUUAAGUACCGUCGCAUCUUCAUUUAAAUACAUACAUACAUACAUCCAUACAUACCUACGUAAAUAAACGUACUAUAUACGCAUAGGUGAAUAAGUGUUCUAAGACAAAUUGGUGUUUGCGAUAAGUGGCAAAUUAUAAUGGCAGGUGGCUACGGCGAUCGAGGCCGCAGAAAUCAUAUAAAAAAAUUCCCAUCAUUGCGUACGGCUGCACUAUGGGCUGGAAUACUCGGCUUGUUCCAGUCGCUAAUAUGGAUUGGCCUCACAAUUAUGGGAAUUUUGGCAUACACCUGCAAUAUGCCGGUUAAUCCGAUAUUUUCAUUUGGAUCGGUAAUACAAUAUGCCUUUUACACGCUAUACUUCAAAGGCGACUGCAUACCUGCCGACUAUCAACAAUUCGAUACAACAAUUAUCAAAUCAGUUGAGACAAUACUAACACCAGAAGAUGUGCUGAUUUGGGAUUGUGUUUACCUGGGCGUGGCGGUGUGUUGGUUUAUUACAUCGCUGCUGCUGUUGAUAUUUGUGAGAAAAGACAACGUCAAGUCUAGUGGUCACGUCAUAAGCGCCUGGCUCGUAACAAUUUUCUGCAUCAACUUGAUGGAUCUAGGCUUGGGCAUAAUAUUUGGCAUUGAUUAUAGUAAAUUCAAUCUUGCCGCUUAUAAUUACAAUUUGUCUACGAUAAAUGCGGGCGAAGUUAAUGCACAAGCAGCUCAGUUAGUGGCUGCGGCAGUAGCUGCUGUAUCUUUGAUGAUUAUCUCACUAAAAGGAUUCGUAUUAUGGCUUAUCAAUUUCGGUUUAAUGUGUUAUCUGCUAGCGCUUGUAAUGCCCAUGGUCAGCGAUCGAGACAGCAAUGAUACCUUAUUCAUGCCGCGCAAGGCUUCGGAUGACACACUCAACGACCGUCCACCCAUCAAUGCUUAUGAGGAGCAAACCAUCACCACAAAAAUGUAUGCGAAUGAUGCCUUUGUGCCGGACAAUCCUUCGAUCGUUACCGUUGAAUUGAAUGAGGAAGCUUUGGCGCGAGCCGCACGCAUGUCUACUGAUAUUACCGAAAUGGGUGCACGCUUCCGUAAUAUAGAAUCCUUCCAGCAGUAUCCACCACCGCGAUUCAACAACAACAACAACAACAACAACAACAACACUGCAAAUAAUAAUUUCAUCAAGCAAGUAUCGAUUAGAGAGAAUGGCAUUUCUACAUCUCCUACAACUCCAGGAGUGAUGUCACCUUUCCCAGCGCCCGACUACACUCCACCGAUGUCGCGUUCAAAUAACGUUGCUAUGCGCAAUGAUGCGGGGCGUUACCAGUGAUUGCGUUUGCAUCCAAUUAAAUUAAAUUAAAUUAAUUUAUAAGUGCCAUUGUUAGCUUCAUUCCUUAAGUUUUAAAAACGCACACAUACAUAUUUAUACAUACUUAAUAAAUACAAAUAUCCAUCGCGUGCUGCCCAGCGUUCACUUAUAGUUGAACGCCGCCAUUGCAACUCGCUCUCUAAAUCUGCUUAUCUCUCUUAUCAUCCACGCAAACUCGGUCACAACUUCCACAAUACCUACAUAGUAUUUAUGUACUUCUGCACUAUAUGCAACUUUUUUUUUAGCAAAUCAUUAAUGCACAACAAUUAAUUCUAUUUUUAGCAUUUAUUAAUUGUAUAUGUAUUUUUCUUCAUACAAUUGCAUGUGAAUAAUAAAUAUGCGUUACU